GGCACACGAACAGAACACAGCGAGAAAAAUAUCGCGCGCGCUCGUCUGAUCUGGAUAAGGCGUCGUCGCUCCGGCGCGAGCCAGACGCGACGCCGUGCCGCGAGCGAGCCCGUUUUUUCUGCCGCCCAUGGCCUCUUCUGUGUCCUCCUCCUCCCCGCUCUUCGCCUCGCUCCGGCCGCCCGCGCCCGCCGGCUCGCGCUGCUGCGCUGCUCCCCCGCAGGCAGCUGCGCCGUCGGCGGAGAACGCCGUCCCGUCGCGGCCGGCGCCUCUCGUCGCGGUUGCUAGCCACCGGAGGGAGCUGGUGCUAGGGGCGGCGCUGGGCGCGCUGCUGUCGGUGUCGCGGGCGCCGCUGCCGGCCCAGGCGCGCGAGGUCGUGGUCGGCUCGUACCUGCCGCCGGCGCCGUCCAACCCCGGCUUCGUCUUCUUCCGGGCCACCCCCAAGGACACCCCCGCCCUCCGCGCUGGCAAUGUGGAACCGUACGAGUUCGUCCUGCCGCCGACCUGGAAGCAGACGCGGGUGGCCAACAUCCUGUCGGGGAACUACUGCCAGCCCAAGUGCGCCGAGCCGUGGGUGGAGGUGAAGUUCGAGGACGAGAAGCAGGGCAAGGUGCAGGUGGUGGCCUCGCCGCUCAUCCGCCUCACCAACAAGCCCAACGCCACCAUCGAGGACAUCGGCAGCCCCGAGAGGCUGAUCGCCUCCCUGGGGCCCUUCGUCACCGGCAACACCUUCGACCCCGACGAGCUCGUCGACACCAGCGUCGAGAAGAUCGACGGCCAAACUUACUACAGCUACGUGUUGGAGACUCCGCUGGCGCUGACCGGCUCUCACAAUCUUGCCAAGGCCACGGCCAAGGGGAACACGGUGGUGCUCUUCGUCGCAAGCGCCAGCGACAAGCAGUGGUCGUCGUCGGAGAAGGUUCUCAAGGCCAUAGUGGAUUCGUUUCAAGUAUGAUUGCAUUUGCAGCAAUGGACUCUGUGAGAUGCUUGGUUGAGCGGGUGAUGACUGAUGAGUUUUUUUUUUGAGCAAACAUACCUGUAUUAAGAGAUAAGGAAGAGUACAAAGACCAGUACAGAUACGAAUACACCAUACAAGAAUACGGAAUACAGCUUCUCCA